AUGACAGCCUGUGUCUACUGUGAAGGCUUUCUGUUCCCAAAGGUGCGCAGGACCGCGGCAGACCUAUGGUCCGUUUACUCCAAGCCUGUCCCAGCAAAUGGCAGAGAGCUGUGGACCUUGUUUCUGCAGUGUUCUUGUGUUACAGCGGUGAUAGGAGUCCUCUUUUACAACUGGAUGUUUGCUUCUCUGGAGUACUCCUGGCAUCUCUCCACUGCAAUGGCCGUCUCCUUCAGUCUGCUCCUUCUCCUGACCCUUUUCUUGGUGCAUCCUGCCCGCUGUGUCUUCAGUAUGAUCAUGCCUACGUUAGGUACCAAACAAGGCCGGAAGCUUCUCUUGUCAACCUGCAUCACGAUAGUGGUGGUGAACAUAACACCCAACAUCAUAAGCAACAUUAAAACCAUACUGCAGGUUAUUAAGUGCAUCUGCAAGAAUUCCUCUGAGAGUCUUUUGAACUCAACUGCUCUGAUAGAGACAGCUUCCUGGGAGUUUGGGGAUGCGAUCCGUGAAACCGUUCAUGUCAUUAAUAGUUAUAAGCCUAUGAAUGGACAUUUUCAGUUUUCGUUGCUUAAUAACAACUCCAUCAUUUACCAACAAAUGCACCUUGCUGGUGAGAAAAUUGGGAGGGACUUCUUGGCUGUUGAGGUGCUGGUCAAAGACUCUGUACAAGUAGGCAACAAGCUGGUUGCUGGCUUCUCUGUGCUCUAUCUCUGUUUUCAGUCCUCCUGGUAUUUGAAAAAUUAUCUCACCAAGCUCCGCUUUGACAAUUUUUACAUCACCAAGAAACUGGAGCGCUUAGCUGUGGACAGAAAAGCAGCUCAUCUCCUGGUGGGCUCAUCCAAAAACCUCAUUCGACCAACAGGCUUGAAGUUGUCCCGCGAAGAAGCGAUGCUGUGCCUCGUGCAAGCCAUGCUCCUCACCGUGGCCCUGAUGCUGAUGCUGGUGGUCGUGGCGAUGGACCACUUUGCAUUCAGCGUGGCAGACACCGCGGUGAGAAAGACAGCUCAGUUCUCCGCGGUGCCUGUUGCACUCAGCAUCAAAUACAGUGCUAAAAUAGGGAUCCUGCCUUUUCUUCUGACAAUUUUACGGCAUUCUUACAAAGAAUUACCACUUCAGGACUUUGAAAAAAGCUACCACCAUCAACUGAUCUUCAGCUCUGCCUACUGUAAGAUCAGCCCCCCAACACCUCCCAACCCCUCUGUGCUGCUCGUUGUGGGGCUGCUCUUCUGCAUCCUCUAUGCCAUCGUAUUCCUGGAAACCUAUGCACAGCGUCUGUGCAGAAAAAUCGCAGGCUCCUUCUUUGAGAGCUGGGAGGAGAAGCGAGCACUUUACCUCUACAAGAAGCUAUCCAAGAAACACAAGGAGAAGCAAAACUGC